CUCAAAUCGGUCAAAUCCCGAAUUAUGUACUCAAAUGUCUGUAAAAUUGUGACUGCCAUUCACAUUGUACGGACAAAUGUUUGCAACGAAUUCCCAAAAUAAUGAAAAUUUUUUAAGCAGUGAAACAAAAGUUGAAAUAUUUUUGUAAAAAUUUCAACAACAAAAAAUUCGAAGAGAAAUUCAACUGAAAAUAAUUAAUUGCCUAAAAUUUGAAUAAAGUGAAAUUGACGUCGAAUUGGAAUUGAGAAGGGGAAACAGUGGAUUGCCAUCGCAAAACGUAUCUCUUAGUGUCUUUCGAUGUGUAACUUUGAGAGAAAGGUGACGUCGAGUACUGAUCUCGAUCUGAUGCGGCAUCGGUAGCUUCGUCAAUUUUUCAACAGUUUCAAGUUUCGAGGUUUCUUCAGUUUUUCAGUUACGGUUCGCGGGGUUUUGUUGAUUAUUGUGCGGUUCGAGUUGCUCAUGGAUACUGUGGGGAUUAUUAAAAAGGAAGUUUUGAGAGUUUGAUUCGCCAGAAGGACAUUACUACCUGUGGUAACGUGAAGUGAUUUUUUUUUUGUUUCUUCUAUCACGUUUUGAGAGGAAAGGAGUUGUUUCACUGAUUGAGAUUACAAAUGGCAUCAGCAGCAGCGGAAUUAGUGGCAGAGCGGGAGCCCGAGCCUUUGUUAAAAAUGCAAGACACAAAUCGCACGUUCGUAGGGGCAGAAGGCCUAGUGCGAAUGGCCUUGGAGCAGUACACAGAGAUUCUGGAGACAGCAUCAGACCCAAGAGUCAGUGACUGGCCCCUCAUGGACUCCCCAAUUCCAACAUUCUUAAUCGUUAUACUUUAUCUCUACGGGGUGACUUUACUAGGGCCAAGGAUGAUGGCUAACAAAAAGCCUUAUGGACUUAAAACUAUACUUGUCGCUUACAAUGCGUUUCAAGUUAUUUUUUCACUGGGAAUGCUCUAUGAGCACUUAAUGUCUGGUUGGCUCUCGGACUACAGUUACAAAUGUCAGCCAGUUGAUUACUCCCACGAUCCAACAGCAAUGCGAAUGGCUAAUUUGUGCUGGUGGUACUUCAUCAGCAAAUUCACGGAAUUCGCUGACACGAUAUUUUUCGUACUACGCAAGAAGGACAGUCAGGUGACAUUUUUGCAUCUGUAUCAUCACUCGUUGACCCCACUCGAGACCUGGAUAUGCGUCAAAUUUAUUGCGGGUGGACACGGCACCCUCGGCAAUCUUAUAAACAAUGCUGUUCACGUAGUUAUGUAUGCUUACUAUAUGCUCUCGGCAAUGGGACCGGAGUAUCAGAAAUACCUCUGGUGGAAGAAACAUUUGACCACGGUACAAUUGGUACAGUUCUUCCUAGUAUUUGUUCACAGUGCUCAAGCACUAGUUUUCGACUGUGGCUAUCCAAAAUUAGUAGCAGCACUACUCCUCCUCCACUCAACGAUAUUCUUCGUACUCUUCUCCGACUUCUACCUUCGUGCUUAUCGUAAAACAAAAACAACACUUGUGAAACAACUCAAGAGUGAAUAAAUCGAUUGUACAAAUACAAAGAUAACGGAGGGCAAGAAGAGAGAGAAUGAAAAUGCAGUAAUGAAAAACUUUCUUCUUUCUUUUGACGUGCCAACUUCAUCAUGCUAAGAUACUUUUGCUCUUCGAUGGAGAGCGAUCAGUAUUUCAUUGUCUUGACAUUUUUAAGGCUCCUGAAUGUUGAGUCGUUCAGCGAACAAAUAAUUAAUUGAUGAUACUUCAUUGUCGUGUACUCAUGCUCUAGAAUUUUUCAAUUUCCAAGUUUUAUCCCCGGUGAAAUUGACAACAUUAUUUAUGAUACGAUAUGAUGUGAAUUAUUAAUCAUUUAUUAUACCCAGUUGUAUUGUGGCACUUUGUGACUGUAAAUAAUUAUGCUCAAUAUAUAUUUUUUAAUUGUA